UUUGCCCGCUGCUUGCUUCCUGUUAUGCUCCAGUCCUCCGGUGUUCACAGCAGAAAGUAACCGGGAAGUAGAGCGCUUAUUUCAGCCACUGCACACCUCUGAAUGCAGGAUUCAUAUAAAGAUGAAACAGAUGUAACAGAGUAACUCCAGUCUCCACGCCUCUCAAAAAAUGCUCCCCACAAGCUGUGAUGUCCAACUUGAGGCCAAUGGAGACAUAAUUAACCAAAGUUGCAAGGACGAGGAUGAUUCGUGCCACACUUCCACAAUGCCCUCUGGCUGGAUCAGAGAGUCCCCAAGGGCUGAAGUUCCGGUCAAGAGCGUCCCUGCACACUUUCCUUCUAAAAAAUGGAGACGGUGAAUUAGACAUAAACCUUUUUGAUUUCACUGCAUCUAAAGGCGAUGAUGUCAUCACUCCCUCACAAGUGAAACCGAGGGUAAGAAAGAAAAAACAUGCAGAUGGACAGCAGGUGGAUGCAACAGAAAUAUUGGAUCCACCUCCAAAUAAAUCUAAAAGAGCCUCUUCCACCCUCAAAAAGAAAAAUAUCAAGCUCUCAGAGGAUGCUAAACAUAUUAACACUGACAUUGCACUGGAAGAGAUCCCACAUGUAGGAGAAAUACAAGGUGCUCCUUCACCCACAGUGGAUGAUGCCACAGUGCAGAAGAGCCCCCAGCGGGUGGGUCUGCUGAGAGAGAAGCUCCUCAGACUGGCUCCUACCAGUAACCAACAAAAGACUUUAAUUGUUCACAAGCACACACAAGCAGACUCGCAGCCUUCUGUCCCUAGUCUGAAUGUUGAACCUGCCACUGAGAGCGAGAACGAGGGUGAGGAUGAACGCGACAGAGAUGAGAUACAGAUUCACAGAAAAGGUGACAACGAGCCUAAUUCUGAGCAGGAGACUGUGGAAGAGGAGGUGUUAUUACCUGACAUCACUAGUGGGGGCUGCACAAGAGUGAGAGAAUCCCAGAAUAAGUCUAAGAGCAUGAAAGACAAACGGAAAACAAGCCCGUAUUUCAGCAGAAAACUCACCAAAGAUGUCCUGAGCCCACCCAGGAGGAAGGUCUUCAAGAAGUGGACACCCCCUCGCUCACCCUACAACCUCGUACAGGAAACCCUUUUCCACGACCCCUGGAAGCUCCUGGUGGCCACCAUUUUUCUGAAUAAGACAAGCGGUAAGAUGGCCAUACCACUACUGUGGCAGUUCUUUGAGCGAUAUCCGUCUGCACAGGUGAUCCGGGAGGCUGACUGGAAGCCCAUGUCUGAGCUCAUGAUGCCCCUGGGCCUAUAUGAGCUUAGAGCCAAAACACUCAUCCGCUUCUCAGAUGAAUAUCUAACAAAACAGUGGCGUUACCCCAUCGAGCUGCAUGGUAUUGGGAAGUAUGGAAACGACUCCUACAGGAUCUUCUGUGUGGGAGAGUGGAGACAGGUGACACCUCAAGAUCACAAGUUAAACAAAUACCAUGCCUGGCUGUGGGAGAACCAUGAAACACUCGGAAUCUGAAAGUACAAAGAACUACAAGGAAGAUUUGUUGUGGCUCAGACAAGAAAAUCAGUUAUAACACUGCUGUUAUCUAACAAUUAGUAUUAUGUUGAACUUGCAAAGUUAAAUCUAAUUGAUUUAAAUUAUGCAGAGACACUCUCCAAAUGUUGAAAAAGUUUUACUCAACGUGUAAUAAAAUGUUUUAAAUGGUUU